AUGGCUGGUGCAGUUGUGUCCUAUGCAAUUCGUAAACUGGAUGAUUUUCUCAUAGAGGAAGUUUCCCUGCGCCAAAAUGUGAGAGAGAAUGUUAUUUGGCUGAGAAAUGAACUGUCUUUCAUGCAAGCUUUCCUCAAAGAUGCCGAAAAAAAGCAAGCACAAGAUAACCUCGUGCAGCAAUGGAAACACAGUUUGGAUGCGGCAAAAGAUGGUGAUCCUACUGUUGGAUUCGUUGAUCGUCUCAAGGCUUGUUCUUGCAUCAUUCAGAAACAGGCCAAAUUCCACAACAUUGGGAAGAUCAUCCAGUCCCUCAAGGAAAGAGUCAUGGAUAUCUCUCGAAAACGAGGUACCUAUGGUAUAACUAACAACGCUGGAGAAGGGCCAAGUAAUAGGCCAAACAAUCAGUCUUCCAUGUUAAUAAGAACAUUGAGGAGAGCAGUGUCCUAUGCAGAUGAAGAUCAACUCUUUGUUGGCUUUCAAGAGGUCUUUCAAAGACUACUUGAUGAACUUCUCAAAAAGGAGCCUCGGCGAAAUGUCAUUUCAAUUUAUGGCAUGGGUGGGUUGGGCAAGACCACGCUUGCGAGAAACCUAUAUAACUCCCCAAGUCUAAUAACUACCUUCCACACUCGUGCCUGGAUAUGUGUCUCUCAACAGUAUAGCACCCCAGAUCUCCUUCGGAGUAUCAUAAAAUCUAUUCAAGGUUGCAGUGAAGAAAUGCUAAAAAUGCUGAAGGAGAUGACGGAGAGAGAUCUAGAAACUCACCUCCGUAAUCUAUUGAAAGAGCGCAAAUACCUUGUGGUGGUUGAUGAUGUAUGGCAUCGAGAAGCCUGGGAGAGCCUGAAAAGAGCCUUACCGGAUAACAAAAAUGGCAGUAGAGUUAUCCUAACGACACGAAAGGAGGACGUGGCUGAAAGAGUCGAUGACAAAGGUUUCUCCCAUAAACUUCGAUUUCUAAAUAAUGAAGAAAGUUGGGACCUUUUAUGCAAGAAACUACAUCCAGAGAAUAAGAUGGUUGGUGCUUACUUGUUCUCCCCAUCAAUGGAAAGGCUAGCUAUGGAAAUGNGAGUCGAUGGCAAAGGUUUCUCCCAUAAACUUCGUUUUCUAAGUAAAGAAGAAAGUUGGGACCUUUUAUGCAAGAAACUACAUCCAGAGAAUACGAUGGUUGGUGCUGACUUGUUCUCCCCAUCAAUGGAAAGUCUAGCAAAGGAAAUGGUGGAGAAGUGCAGAGGCUUACCACUUGCCAUUGUGGUACUAGGUGGGUUACUUUCCUACAGAAAGGGGGUGGACGGAUGGCAAAAGGUGAAGACACAUCUUUGGCAGCAUAUGAAGAAUGACUCUGUUGAGAUCACUCACAUCCUAUCAUUGAGUUACAAUGAUUUGUCAUUUGAGCUCAAGCAAUGUUUUCUAUACAUUGGCAUUUUCCAAGAAGAUCAUGUGAUUAGCGCUGAAAAGUUGAUGCAUCUGUGGCUGGCAGAGGGAUUCAUACCAAGAAUUGGAGAAGAACAUAUGGAGGAUAUUGCUGAAAAUUUCCUACAUGAGCUAAUAAGUCGAAACUUGAUUCAAGUGAUGGAGACAUUCUUUGAUAAAAUUCUUACAUGUAAGAUACACGACCUUCUUCGGGAUCUUGCCAUACAAAAGUCCAUGGAGGUUAACUUGUAUGACAUUUAUGAUCCAAUAGUAAACUCGGUCACUCCAUUUCGUCUCCGACAUGCUAUUCAUGCGCAAACUCAAAGGUAUCUUUCACUUGAUUUUUCUAAAUUGAAGGUUAGAUCAAUAUUAUUCUUUGAAAAGGAAAUUAAGUUCUUGGACCACAGUAAAAUGUCAAUGAUAUUCUGUACGAUGUUCCCACAUCUAUAUGUGCUGGACUUAGUGAACAUCCAUUUUGAUGGGAAUGCACUACCUGAUGCUAUAGGUAAUUUGGUACACCUCAAGUUCUUAGGCUUGCGUAAUACCAAUCUAUUCAAACUCCCACCAUCUAUUGGCAAACUAAAAUGCCUACAAACACUGGAAGCAUCGAUAGUUGACAAUGACUCAUGCAAACUACCUCCUCAGGUAUCCCAGCUCACAAAUUUGAGACAUUUAGUUGUUCGAUAUGAGGAUCCUUUGCAAGUUGACAGGCUAACAAAUCUACAAACUCUUAAAUAUAUUUGUUGUGAUCAGUGGAAAGAUACUGAUGCUUCUAGUUUAGUCAACCUUCAAGAAUUGGGCAUGGAAAAAAUUAAGAAAUCUUUCUCCCUAAAAUCCAUUGGCAGUCUGAAAAGCCUCACCACCUUGUUUCUAGUUUGCCAAUAUGGUGAAACUUUUCCUCCCUUUAAACCUCUUUCUUCUUGUGAAAACCUUCAGAGAUUGUGGUUAUCAGGGGGAAUAGAAGAACUAGCAGAUUUAGAGAAGCUACCUAAAUCCAUCACUGUGUUAGUCCUAGAGCGUGCAGUACUCAAGGAAGAUCCAAUGCCAAUUCUGGGAGAGUUUCCAAACCUAAAGCAUCUUGAGUUAUCAUGGGCUUACAAGGGAAAGGACAUUACUUGCAAAAGCAACAGUUUUGGUCAGCUGGAGACCCUUACACUUGGUAAUCUUGAAAAUCUAGUAAGCUGGCGUCUUCACACAACUGCUAUGAGUGUGAUUAAAAGUUUGAGUAUAUUUUGGUGUCCGAAUCUGAAGAAAAUUCCAGAAAGAAUGGAACAUAUUGCAGUGAUUGAUGAUAAUCAAAGCCAAAGGGAGUACUAUCAUCGGUUCCCAAAUUAA